UAGUAGUUCGACAUACACACACACACACAGGACUCCUUAAUUAUUCCUGUUUCCAUCAUCCCGUUGGGUUUGUUGGCUGAUUUAGCGGAAUCCCAAGAGGCAAGAAGACAAGCGGGAUGCUCCAUUGAUUGGAUUAUUACCGAACGACGAUCGACGAUCGACGAUCAUUACGCUCCGCCGCAUGAGUGAGACAUUGAUCGAUCGAUCCGUACCGCCAAGUCCGAUGACCGAGCUGGACGGACUACUGACGAUUCAAAGUCAGUCAGUCAUUGAGGCGCUCAUUGAGGCGCUCAUUGAACUGCCCGUUUGAUUGCUUCCUGGACAGAUACGCCUCUCGAGAGUUGAGUGGCCAGCCGAACACUUGUUACGCUUGGAUCGAUUCAGUUUGCCAGCCCCGACCCUGACCGACCACCAUGGCCAACGCUUCUGGGACGUCCAAGUCCUCCGAGGAGUCGGACACCCCAGCCUUGGAUCCAUGCGCUCAAACAUCUGCCGAAUCGAGCCAGAUGACGGAGGCCUCAUCCACCUCCGAGCCCGGCUCAGAUAGGGCUGCCGAUCGGGCGUACCUCGACGAUUAUUUGCGGGACACUCGAGGUCGCUGGCAAUGGAAGUCGAGCUUGCGCAACGAGAAUGUCGCUUGUCUGAACAAUCGACCCGAGGAAACGGAAUGGCACAAGCUGGAUUCCUCGCUCAGAAAGAACACGGCCUUUGUUCGCAAGUUGCGUAAUUACACCGAGGCCCAGAAAGAGACGUUGGCCAAAGAGUUCCAACAGUUGAAUCUCUCCAAAUACAUUGGCGAAGUGUCGUCUGCCUUAGUCGAGGCCAAACUCAAGCUCUCCGAUCUGGGCUCGGCCAUUGAGCUCUGUUCCCAACUCCAUCAACGUUAUCCGGAUUUUGCCUCUCAUUUCUUGGAAUCUUGGACCAAAAUCCUCACGGCCAAAACCAAAGACGAGAAAGUGACCAAUUUGAGUAAAUUUCGGGUCGACUUACGUUUUUACGCCGAUUGUGUCUCCGUAGGGCUGUUUCCACUUAAAGACGGACUGCAGCUCUUGGGUCAGGUUCUGACUCAUUUGGUGCAAAGCGACAAGGAGGACAUGGCCCAUGUGUCUCUGAUUCUUACCUUCAGCAAGCACUGCGGCGAUGAUUACGCUGGUCUUGUACCUCGUCGCAUCCAAGCCUUGGCUCAUGAAUUUGGGAUCGAGUUACCCUCCAACGACUUCUUACCCCCCGAAAAGCAGCGAAAUGUGAGGUCAUUGUUGACCGAAUACUUCCAUGCCUUGGGCACCUACCUUCAAAAUGCUCACCGAGAGUUGGCGACCACCGAUAAAGCCAAUCGAAGUAUCUUGCUGACCAAAGGCGAGCUUUUUCAAGAUCGCAAGGACAAGGCCGAAGCCCUUCGGUUGUCUUUUCAAAAAUGUCUAGGUUAUGCCGAACAGUUGGCCGAGCUGCUGAACGAGCCAAUGCCCGAGUUUCACAAGGACGAGGUUACGAGCACAACCAAAGGUAAACCCGAAACUCUGGAUUGCUCUGAAUCCCUUGGAGAGGAAGUGGAUCAGUCGGCCUUGGGUCGCUUGUGGGAAGACGAUGAGACAAAAUGCUUCUACGAGAGCUUAGUGGAGUUAGAAGCUAUCAUACCGGCCAUUUUAUACAAAGACUGUCGGGACCUCAAGACCACUGAAAGAAAGAGUGUACAAGAGGUUGAUGAGGCUCUCUUGGACGUUGAAGUCGAAGGUGACGACGACCUUAAUGAGGAAGUCAUCCAGCGAGAACUAGAGGCUAAUCCGGGCCCUCCCCAGGAUGAGGAAGAGGCUGGCCCUCCUAACAUAGACGAGGAUAUCGAUGAAGCGGAGGGGAAUAAUCCAUCGGCCAAGAUGAUGUUUGACGCGUUUUUAGCCAAACUUGCGACGUGUGUUAGUCGAGAAAUGGUGGAUAGUGCGGCUAUUGAAUUUUGCAUGAAUCACAACACAAAAGCCAAUCGAAAGAAGCUCGUAAAAGCCUUGUUCAACGUUCAUCGGAAUCGCACCGAGCUCCUGCCCUUUUAUGCUCGAUUGACGGCUGCUUUGGAGCCCGUCAUGCCCGAGGUGCCCGAUGGACUAGGCUCCUACCUGAAACAAGAAUUUCGAUGGCAGAUCAGGAAAAAAGAUCAAAUGAAGAUUGAGUCCAAACUGAAAGUGUGUCGGUUCAUCGGCGAGAUGGUCAAGUUUCGAGUGUUCCCAAAGUCGGAAGUCUUGUUUUGCCUGAAGAUGCUGCUUUUCGAUUUCUCUCAUCAUCAUAUCGAAAUGGCUUGUACAUUGAUGGAGACCUGCGGGCGAUUUCUCUUCAGAUCUCCGGAAUCACAUCAUCGUACGAAGAUUUUCCUCGAGCAAAUGAUGAGGAAGAAAGCAGCCUUUUCGAUGGAUAACAGAUACGUGAUGAUGAUUGAGAACGCCUACUACAACGUUCAACCUCCAGAUGUUCCCGACCAAGACAAGCAAGUCAAACUUCCAAUCUAUCAAUACAUAGACAAGAUCUUGUUUCUCGACUUAAAUCGCCAAACCACAGAGAAGGUGUUGAAGCUCUUACGCAAGCUCGAUUGGAACGAUGACCCCAAUUUGGCUAAUUACGUGAUAUCCUCCUUGUGUUCGGCGUGGAAGGUCAAGUAUUACAACAUCCAAUACCUCGGUAGUCUCCUGGCUGGGCUGGUUUCGUACCAGGAUUGGAUCGGUCCGAGAAUAGUGGAUGCGGUUUUGGAAGACAUUCGACUUCAUAUGGAAAUCAAUGAUCCAAAAUACAAUCAGCGACGCAUUUCAAUGGUGAAGUUCUUGGCUGAGCUCUACAAUUACCGCUUAGUAGACUCCAGUGUUAUCUUCAAAGUGUUGUAUUCAUUGAUUUCUUAUGGAGUCGUAUCAGGGGACAACGAAGUCAGUUUCUUAGACCCUCCAGAUCAUUUGCUCCGCAUUCGGUUAGUUUGCGUGAUUCUAGACACCUGUGGCAUCUACUUUAAUAGUGGAAGCAGCAAGAAGAAACUUCAAUACUUUUCCACGUAUUGGCAAGCAUAUUAUUGGAGCAAGAGAGAGCAUCCGAUCUGGAACCAACAGAAUCCCUUUCCCAUCAGUAUAUCCAACCAAGUGUUGGAAACCUUAGCAAAUCUUCGCCCUAAGCUAACCGUGUUUUCGUCGAUUGAAGGUGUCAAAGCCGCCACGACCGCCAUCGAGAAUGAAAUUCUUGCCACCCUCAGCGAAAGGGCUCCUCAAUAUCAAAAAUACAUCCAAGAUUCCAGGGGUCAGUCAAGGCCUGGCAAAGACAAGGGCGGCCUGGGAAUUAUCCAGGAAGAAAAUGAUGACCAACCAGGGAGAACCCUGGGUGACUUUAAACUAACAACCAAAAGGAUAGCCUAUCCCGAUGAUGAAGAAGAGGACGAAGACGAUGCUAUCGAUGACAACAACCACAAUAAAGAUGAUGAUAACGAUGAUAACGACGAUGAUGAUGAUGAUGAUGAUGAUGAUGAUGAUGAUGGUGGUGAUGAUGGUGGUGAUGAUGAUGGUGAUGGUUUUGGAAAGAUCAAGGAAGAUGGCGAAGAAGACGAGGAAGAAGACGACGAGGAAGGCUCCGAUUUUGAUGAGGAUGAUAAUGAAGAGGCUAGUGACGAUGAUCAUUCAAGCGAAGAAGACAACCUCACAAAACCUGCAAGUUUGCAUAAAGAGGUUGUUGGAGAAUCGAAUCGUUCAAAAUCUUUUUUUUUGGGUGAUGUUCAAAAUGAGGACGACCGAUCAGAUUCAAGUCAUUCCAGUGACGAGAGUGAUGAUGAGUUUGCCGAAUCAGACAUGGAUUCGGAUGAGCUACCAGAUGUAUCGAAACCCCGACACAUCGAAUGUGAAGACGACGAGGAUUUUGUGUCCUUGUUUGAUAAGAUGUUGCUAGACAACAUUUCUGAAAACCGAGCCCCAACCAAAGGCCAUCAAAUAGAUAUCAUCGCUCCCGUCAGCGUAAAACACAAAAUGGGCCAAGAGGGACCUCAACUCCUUAGUGAGAACACAGAAGGGUCCAUCCAAUUCACGAUCUUACAUCGACGCGGCAACAAGCCCGCCAUGCGCAGUGUGGCAGUGCCCCUGAAUUCAGAUAUUGCCAGGAAUUUGCAGAAACAAGAAGAGGCUGACAGACGAGAAAAGGAGCGCGUUAAAGAGCUCACUUUGCAAAUCAAUGAGCGGCAAGAGGAGGAAGACUUAAACGAAGCCAUUGCAUCGAUGCAAAGACCUUCUCUUGUGCGUGUGAAUCGCGACCGUCGCCGACCAUUUCAGCCACCUAAAGGUGCUCCCGAUGCCGAUUUGAUUUUCGGCUCGAAAAGACCUGGAAAAGGAAAUUGACCCUGACUCUGGCUGUUAUUGCGAUCCGUUUUAAAUGAAAUAAAACGUUUUCAUGGUGCACGA